GUUCAACUGAUCAACUCAAUAUUUUUUGUGUGGAAUGGAAGAUAAGCCACAAGCUAGUAUGAAAUGCUUCCUUAUUUAUGAAGUUGCAUGCAUUCGUGAAAGCAAAAACCCACACAAGCACCACCGCUCCACCAGAGCAAGUGACGCACAGAACUCUGGCCGGUCGGCCGGAGCUUGAGCUGCCCGGAGAAGUUGUAGUGGCCGGCCAGCGAUAUGGAGCCGGCGGCAGGAGAUGGGACGAGGAGGAAGACGGCGUGUGUCCCCUGUGGGUACGGCUACAUCGCGUCGGCGCUAGUCAAGCUGCUUCUGGAGAAGGGAUACGCAGUCAAGACCACCCUCAGAAACCCCGAUGACGUGGUGAAAAACAAGCACCUCAAGGAUCUGCAAGCGCUCGGCCCCUUGGAGGUGUUCCGUGCCAACCUCGACGAAGAGGGCAGCUUCGACGACGCCGUCGCCGGCUGCGACUACGUCUUCUUCGACGCCCCUCCGGUGAACCUCCACGCAGAGAACCCUGAGAAAGACGUGAUCGAGCCGGCCGUCCACGGACUCCUGAACGUGAUGAGGUCGUGCGUUAGAGCGGGAACAGUGAAGCGCGUGGUGCUGACAUCCUCAGCGGCCGCGGUCUCCACCUUGCCGUUGGAAGGCGAGGGUCAUGUCCUGGACGAGGAGUCCUGGGCCGACGUCGAGUUCCUGACGUCGGGAAAGACACAUGCUUGGGGGUUCCCUGUCUCGAAGGUGCAUCUGGAGAAGGCGGCGAGCGCGUUCGCGCUGGAGAAAGGCAUCAGCCUCGUCACUGUGUGCCCGGGCCUCAUGGUGGGCGCGGCACCGGCGGCCAAGGUCCAUCCCAGCACCCUCGACGUCCUCUCCCUGCUAUCCGGCGAUGAUGCGAGGGUCCGCACGCUUAAAUUCAUCGUGAGGAUGUCUGGCUCCAUCCCGUUGGUCCACGUCGACGACCUUUGCCGCACUGAGAUAUUCGUGGCCGAGGAAGAGGAGGCGUCGGGGCGGUACAUCUGCUGCAGCCUCAACACCACCGUCGUGGAGCUAGCCCGCUUCUUGGCGGCCAAGUACCCACACUACAACGUCAACACCGACCGGUUCUGUGGCCUUCUGGAGAAGCCGAGAGUCUGCACUUCUUCGGCGAAGCUCCUCGGGGAAGGGUUAGAGUACAAGUACAAGAACCUGGAUGAGAUAUACGACGACAUCAUCAAGUACGGCAAGGACUUGGGAAUCCUUCCAUACUAAAUAUAUGACGAGCCUCUCUAUCCUUGCCUCCCGGAAACAAACUUUGUUUUUGGACGGCCGGGGGGCAGGUGGC